UGGAGCAUACCUGGGCAUGUCUAGUGUUCAGAUUUCCCAUAUGAAGCGGCGCAUGGCAACCCUGCAGUCUUCAGUCUCGAGGAAAGCAGCAAUCAGUCACACGAAUGCGAAAAUCACCAGCUGCCGACAAUGCCUCUGGCCAGAGAACUGCUCAACCCUUCCUUUGAUUUCGAGAGAAGACAGCACAAGAAGAAGAGACUUGUGCAAAGUCCCAACUCUUACUUCAUGGAUGUGAAAUGUCCAGGUUGUUAUAAGAUCACAACAGUGUUUAGUCAUGCACAGACAGUUGUGCUGUGUGUUGGUUGUUCAACAGUGUUGUGCCAGCCCACAGGAGGGAAAGCCAGGCUCACUGAGGGUUGCUCUUUCAGAAGAAAGCAACACUGAGAAGAAUGGAAACUGGAAAAGGAAUAAUGCUUUGAAUACAAAGAAAUUGUGCUGUCUUAAUACCUUACCUUUUCAUUGAUUACAAUGAAUGAACUUUAAAUGCGAUUAUGAACGGUACAUGGCAGGUUCUUUCUGCCAUGUUAUCAGUUUGAUUUUCAGAAUAAAGUUUCUUUUGCAUGAAACCACUGCCUUAAACUAUAUUCUUACAGUGACCUUUGCACUUCUUAUUCACUCAAUAAUUGGCCCCUUGUAGCCACAUAUACAAUUUGUAACGUCUGUAUUUUAUGGUUGCAAAGAUUUAAGACCAUUUAUUUUGAGGAUGUUGUCAUACUAUCUUUUAUUGGGUUUCUGAUGUGAAAUUAAGUAGAAAACAACAGUGAUGAUGAGGAGGAUGCAUGUCCAGUGCGGAGUUGCCCAAUCAGCAGGAGAGAGAUAAAGGAGGAGCCAGGGAUGCCAGAGAGAGAGCUCGAGAGACACACACAGAGCUGUGUGUCGACAUUUGUUAUGUUUAAGUUCAGCAUUUGUGUUGAUUAAAGUCUUGUUAAAUGUUAAUCUGGUUCCCGCUU